GUGAGGUGGUUGAGGAAGUUGGAGGUUUGUAGGAGGAAGCUGCAAAGAACAGCUGCUGCAGGAUGUCAAAAAGAUGCUUCUGGAUGCUUUAAACCUGAAGCAGGCCCCCCACAUCAAUAUAGAAGGCAUGAGCCAGAUCACGGCUGCUUUGAGGAAAGAACUGAAGGGUAUUUCACAGAAUUCAAAUCUGUCCUCUGUGGAAAAGACAGACCCAGGGUUUUUGAACACGACAGCAGAGAACAACACACAGAGAGAAAAGACAGAGCCUCACUGCUGCCAGAUCACAUCACAAAUCUUUAUCACAGAUCUGGGUUGGGAGUCAUGGAUUGUUUAUCCAGAGAGCUUCAGCUACACUCAAUGUGAGUCCUGCAGCCACGGCAGAAGUAGGACCUGGCAACACUGCAGGCAGGGAGGCCCCUCGGCCGAACACCACGACCCAAAGGUUAAGUGCUGCUUGGCUGUGGAACACCUCUGGCUCCGCUUUGUCUACACUGAUGAAGACUCUAAUCUGGUGGCCAGCAAUGUACCCCUAACACAGAUGUGUGGCUGCCAGCUAGACUGAGAUGCAGAGUAGAAGAAUCAAAGCAGCCCCUGUUAACCCUACUGAAUCCUUACUGCAUUGUUCCCACCAGUUAUCUUUUUUUUUUAAAGUCAGUACAGUGUCUGAGUAUGUGAUUGUCUGUGUGCUUUGGAAGCCCGUCCUAAUUAUUUUUUUAAAUAUUAUUUUCAAAGACUCUUGAGGUGAAUGUUGUCCUCGCUCCAACGGCAAUGAAGAAAGGGUUUUUCGCAAAUAUCUGGUAACAAGGGGUUGUAAUACAAAUCGCAAAUUUGAAACAAUUAAAACAUUAGAAGGCGUAGGUCUUCACAAAGUCUCUGAACCAAAAUAUGUUUAUGACAUUUUGAUACGCAGUAUAUCACAAAAUGAAGCUUUCAGACAUCAUGGUCAAGCUGCAUACGUUAUACUAGUUUAGAGAUGUAGGGCUGUAUAUAUAAACUUGUUUGUAUCAUGGAGUUUUUGAGGUGAAAUUGUCAUGCUAUUAUUUAGUUUUUAUCUUACCUGUGAUGUAUAAACCUGUCUUGCUUCGUUAGCGGCCACAGUAAGAAGUUGUAAAGGAAUACUAAACAACAAUAUGGAGCUUCAUCAUACACAGCUUGCUUUGUUAGUAUAUAUUGGGUGAGGUUUUCAAAUUCCAUGGGGUACAUUUUUUGGUGCUUGGGCCUUUUGAUGAGAUCAUCAUUCCAGUACAGCCUAAAAAACCCUACCAUGUUUGAUCAGAAAUGAAAAUCUCAACAUCUGUUUAAUAUUGACAUCUGUUUAAUAGAGGCUAUUAUAAUGAGUGAGAUGGCCAUAUGUAUUAUGGUGUGUGUGUGUGUGUGUGUGUGUGUGUGUGUGUGUGUGUGUGUGUGUGUGUGUGUGUGUGUAGCACAUUUAUAUCAAACUACUCCUUAAAAUAAUUUACAAUGA